UCUUCAAUUUGUUGUAUUUUUCUCUCUCUCUAACUCUGAGAACGGAGUAGGUGCGUGAUGGGCAGUGUGCAGCUAUGGGAGAGUCUCAAGGAGUCCAUCGUCAUCUACACCGGUCUCACUCCGACCACCUUCUUCACUGUCUUGGCUAUUCUAUUGGCUUUAUACUACAUCUUCUCUGCUCUCUUUGGGUCAUCCUCCUCUGACCGUAACCACCACUUCCAAGAGGAAGACCUGCCUCCUCUCAAACCGCCGGUUCAGCUCGGAGAGAUCACCGAAGAAGAGCUCAAGGCUUACGACGGCUCUGAUCAUGAUAAACCCUUGCUCAUGGCCAUUAAGGCUCAGAUCUAUGAUGUCUCCCAAAGCAGAAUGUUUUAUGGACCUGGUGGACCUUAUGCUUUAUUCGCUGGCAAGGAUGCUAGUAGAGCUUUAGCAAAGAUGUCUUUUGAAGAGAAAGAUUUAACCGGCGAUAUUUCUGGUCUCGGCCCAUUUGAGCUUGAUGCAUUACAGGAUUGGGAAUACAAGUUUAUGGAAAAGUAUGUAAAGGUUGGAACCAUCAAAAGAGAAGUUCCAGUAACUGAAGCAGAAUCCACAAGUGAACCAUCAGAAUCUACACCCCGUGAUGUUGAUGCUGUUAAGCCAACUGAAGACAGCGGAUCAGAAACUGCAGCUGUUAAAAGUGAUGAAACCCCUUCAAAUGUUGAUGAUGCUGAUAAAGAGUAAUCUCACAGAUACAUUGCAAAAAA